AUGCGCGCAAUGUUCAGAACUCCACGGAUGCCACAACGGAAAACCGCAGCGAUUCUGGUGAUCGGCGAUGAGAUUCUGAAGGGGACAACAAGAGAUACAAAUUCCCAUUUUCUAUGCAAAAGAUUGCAUAAAUUAGGUGUAAACAUUAGGAAAAUUUCUGUAAUUGGAGAUGAUAUUUCUGAAAUUUCUCGCGAAGUUCAGUCUGCCUCUGGGGCAUACGACUAUGUGAUCACAAGUGGUGGUGUUGGGCCGACUCAUGAUGAUAAAACAUAUUUAGGACUCGCCCACGCGUUCACAGAUCAAAUGCAAUUUUCCGAUGAAAUCCGUCAAGCUGUCAAUCGGUUUCUUCCAACGUACACUGCAAAAAAGCGAGCCGAAGGUGUUGGAGAAGGACUCGAAGAGGCUGUUCGUUUGGCCACUGAAAAACUUUGUACUAUUCCAAAAAUGUCGCAACUCCUAUGGGGUACUCAGAAAAUCAAUGGAUCUUUGAGCACGUUUCCCGUUGUUCGUAUAUCGAAUGUUGUUGCUUUGCCUGGAGUUCCAAAAUUCUGUGAAAGAGCAUUUGAUGAGCUUCAAGAUCAAUUAUUCCCGAUCGAAGAACGUCAGUCUCUGUGCUUCGAGACGUUGUACACUGAUCUAGACGAAUUUGAUUUUUCGAAAAAGCUGACCGACUUGGCUGCUCAGUUUGAAGAUCGAAAUGUGCAAAUUGGAAGUUAUCCAGAGUUGAAGAAUAAAUUCUUCAAAACCAAACUCACAAUUGAAACUGAAUCAUCAGAAACAAUGGAAGCAGUUGUGACGUCACUCCGUGAACUUCUCGCCGGACACAUUGUCUAUUAUGAUAGUCAUGCAUGGCUUGAUAUUGUAACAAAGUGGAAAGCAUUUAAAAAACGAAAAGCCUCUGAGAAUCAAAUAGAAUUUAUUCAAAAGCUAAAUGAAGCUGAAAGUAUUGUGGAGGAAAUUGUCGAAAAAUACCCUCUGGAGCAGAUUGCUCUGUCGUUUAAUGGUGGAAAAGAUUGCACUGUUCUAUUGCAUUUAUUGAGACUAAAAGUAGACGAGAAAUACGGUCCGUCAACUCCGAUCCAAGGAUUCCAUAUCAUGGUGGAAGAUCAAUUCCCAGAAGCCACCCAAUUCAUCAUAGACGCGGCGAAGUUCUAUAACAUUCAAGUUCUCGAAUUCCCUGGACCAUUGAAAACCGGACUUGCAGCACUGAAAAAGACGCGCCCUUCCAUCAUUCCAGUGCUGAUGGGCAGUCGAGCAACAGAUCCAAAUGGGAAAUAUAUGAAAACUCCAGUCGAAUGGACUGAUUCAGAUUGGCCGCAAGUUCUCCGAGUAUGCCCAAUACUUAAUUGGACGUAUACCGAUGUAUGGCAUAUGCUGAGAGGUCUUUGUGUGCCGUAUUGCAAGCUGUAUGACCAGGGUUACACUUCACUUGGUGGUCGGGACAACACUGUAAAACACCCAGCCCUUCGAAUUGUGUCAUCUGAUGGCCGAGAACAUUAUCUUCCAGCUUACAAGCUACAUAACGAUGCAGAAGAACGAUGUAAUAGAUCAAAUAUUUAAAUUAAUGUUUUUGUUAAAAUAAAGUAGAUGUAACCCCACUUAUUUUGAGGGAACAUAUCCCUCACAUUGGGUGAAAGAUAAUAAAUAAUUCAUUCCAACAUGUCUCUCCUUCCAUCUACCGGUUGAUUGUCAUCU